GCGGAUGCGGUUGUCUAAAAAUGUUAUUUUUGUGGCUCGUCGGAGCUUCUAUUGUGCUGCUGCGAUGGAUUUAUAGGCUGAAUAGGAACUACUGCAUCCUUGGUUUCUUCGCCAAGCGAAUUCGAACCAGGAAUGGACAGCCCCCGGAAAGCAUUGCUCCCUUCGUAAAGGGCAGUACUAUAUUCGCCAACAGCUUCGACUUGUAUGGCAAAGAUCACUCUGGAAUUUUUGAGCACUCGCGUGACUGUGCGAAAAUACUGGGCAGAAGCUACGUCGAAUACGCAAUGGGAACUGCCAUCUACAAUGUCAUAGAUGCGGAUAAUGCGGAGCAUGUGCUUAAUGAUCCAAAUCUAAUAAACAAGGGAAUGGUUUACUAUUUCCUCCAUCCAUUUCUGAGAACUGGGUUGUUGACAUCCACAGGAAAGAAGUGGCAUGCGCGGCGGAAGAUGCUCACCCCAACUUUCCAUUUCAACAUUUUAAAUCAGUUCCAGGAUAUUUUAAUAACGGAGAGUCUGAAGUUCCUACAGCAAUUCAAGGACAAAGAUGAGGCAAUCAUCUCAUUGAACGAAGUGAUUCCCAGAUUUACUCUCAACAGUAUUUGUGAGACGUCCAUGGGCGUUAAGCUGGACGAGAUGGCCGAGAAGGGGGAUCGAUACCGGGCGAACUUCAGUCAGAUCGAAGAAUGCUUCAUUCGUCGCAUGAGUAACCCACUUUUAUGGAGCGAUACACUCUUCAAGAUGUUUGCCGAAAAGGAUUACGCUGCUGCCCUCGACGUGGUCCAUGGAUUUUCAAGCGAGAUCAUUGCCAAGAGGAGAGAUCAGCUAAAUGAUGACAUGGAUGACAGACGCAACACCCAGGCCGCUGAUGAUGAAUUAUUUACAACUAAAAAGCGCUUUGCCAUGCUGGACACCCUUAUUCGUGCUGAGAAGGAUGGCCUCAUCGAUCACAUUGGUAUUUGUGAGGAGGUGGACACUCUGAUGUUUGAGGGCUACGACACGACAUCGAUUGGCCUCAUCUUUGGCCUAAUGAACAUGUCUUUAUAUCCCGACGAGCAAGAAAAAUGCUUCAAAGAGAUCCAAGCACACAUAGAUGAUGAGCUAAACAACUUGGACAUCGGGCAGUUGAACAAAUUGAAGAACCUGGAGUACUUUAUCAAGGAAACCAUGCGCCUGUAUCCCUCUGUUCCCGCCAUUGGUAGAGAAGCCACGCGGGAAACGGAGCUGGCCAACGGUCUCAUCUUCCCCAAGGGUUCCCAGCUUGCUGUUCAUAUCUUCGACAUCCAUCGCAAUCCCGAGUACUGGGAUGCGCCUGAAGAGUUCCGGCCGGAGAGAUUCCUACCCGAAAACUCGCAGAGCCGUCACACCUACGCCUAUAUUCCAUUUAGUGCUGGCCAGCGAAAUUGCAUAGGUCAAAAAUUUGCUAUGCAGGAGAUGAAAACCCUAAUGGUGGCCGUUCUGAAGCAGUUCCAAAUUCUGCCGCAAACUGAUCCAAAGAGUAUUGUGUUUCAAACUGGCUUAACACUGCGGACCCAGAAGCAGAUUCACGUGAAGCUCUUGAGAAGAAAAUGAAGCAGCUUUAAGGAAAUGGAUUUAUUCACGCAACUCUGUUAGUCAUAAAGUGCA